CUUGCUGUCCUGUGGUCAAAACUCGAAGCUCAGCAGCAAUGUAUGCCCUCAUGCAGAUGUGCUGUGGCUAGAUAGAUAAUACUACUAUUCAGAACAACCUUCCAUAAAAAAAAAAAAGGAAUGCUCUGGAACAACCUAAAACCUCAAAACCCCAGGGGCGACGGAGCGAGGAGGGAGGGAGCGAUGGCGCCGAAGCGGAAGCCGGCGGAGCCGCCGAGGGACGCCGAGGGGAUAUUCCGCGGCGUCUCCGCCUUCUUCGUGCCCCACGGCGUGCAGUCCCGCCGCCUCGAGGUGUGGAAGCAGAAGCUGGUGCAGAUGGGGGGCCGCCUCGAGAAGAAGGACGCCGACGCCAAGGGCGCCAGGAUCAACCACGUGCUCGCCGCCGACGCCAAGGCGCUGCUCCGGGAGCUCGGCGCGGACUGGCUCCACCGCUUCCCAGGGAGCGUGGUGUCCUUUGAUUGGCUGGAGGAAUGCCUCAAGUCCGGCGAGAGGCUGCCCGAGCACAAGUUCACCAUCAAUUACGAAGAGGAGUUUAAACUCAAAAAGGCACCUGGUGCCGGAGGUACAGGUGCGUCCAAUCCUGCGAAAAGGAGCAAAAUGUCAUCUGAGGAUCCUGAGAAUCGCAAAGGAACUAGUGGACAGGAUGGGAAGGAGGUGGCUACCGGGGAGCAUCGAGACAAAACAAGUACACAUGUGCAUGAUGGUUCAGGUGUCGAAAAGGGGCCUGGCCAGUUUGCACAUAGCCAGACUAGCUCUGGGGAUACUAAGGACACCGUAGGCUCUCUUGAUAUUGAGGAAGCUUCUUCUGGAGAACCUACAACAUAUGCUCCACCGGACCUCAACAGGAACAUCACUGAGAUUUUUGGAAAACUUAUCAACAUAUAUAGAGCCAUGGGAGAUGACCGGAGAUCAUUUAGCUAUUACAAGGCCAUUCCCGUAAUCGAGAAACUGCCAUUCAAAAUAGAAAGUGGCGACCAAGUUAAAAACCUCCCUGCCAUUGGGAAAUCUUUGAGAGACCAUAUUAAUGAAAUAGUGACAACAGGAAAGCUUUCCAAACUGGAACACUUUGAGAAUGAUGAAAAGGUACGGGCAGUCAGCCUAUUCGGUGAAGUUUGGGGUGUUGGUCCUGCAACUGCUCUUAAGUUAUAUGAUAAAGGACACCGUACUCUUGAUGACCUUCAGAAAGAUGACUCGCUUACAUAUGCUCAGAGGACUGGCUUGAAAUUCUUUGACGAUAUCAGACAAAGAAUCCCUCGGCAUGAGGUCAGUGAGAUGGAGAAGCUUUUGCAAGAAGUUGGGAAGGAUAUCUUGCCUGGAGUGACAAUUGUAUGCGGAGGAUCAUACAGACGUGGAAAAUCAUCUUGCGGUGACAUGGAUAUUGUAAUUACUCAUGAUGAUGGUAAAAGUCAUGUAGGUUUUCUGCCGAAGUUCGUUCAGAGGUUGAAGGACAUCAACUUUUUGAGGGAGGAUCUUAUCUUCAGCAUAAACAGUAUUGAGGGAACUGACAGCGGGGUUGACACAUAUUUUGGUCUUUGCACAUAUCCUGGGCGUGAGCUGCGGCAUCGCAUUGAUCUCAAGGUAUACCCAAGGAACAGGUAUGCAUCCGGGCUACUAGCCUGGACUGGAAAUGAUGUUCUAAAUCGACGAUUGAGAAUACUAGCAGAAUCCAAAGGUUACGUGCUUGAUGACACGGGUUUGUAUCUUGCUACACAAAGCAGUGGUGGAAAGCGUGCGGGGAGAUCAGAGGCUAUAGUUAACUGCCACGAGGAGAAGGAUGUGUUCGACACGCUUGGGUUCCCCUACUUGGAACCUCAUGAACGGAAUCUAUAGCUCUGAAGGAGAAUGUAGCUUUGCCAGACCUGUGUCGUUUUGUUCUCCUUUGUGCCGCAGGCCCGCUGGUAUCUGUUUCCAAACCUGUGUGUAGCAAACGUAGUUUGGCGGGAUCGUAUAUAUUUGUUGUUCUCUGUUGUAUUGUAGACCAGUUGGGGAGAAAUUUGUUGUUCUCUGUUGUAUUGUAGACCAGUUGGGGAGAAUGUUCGUCGGUGACGCAUGAAUCUACGGAUCUGUAACUAUUUUGUUGUACAACCGCUUUGCCUUCACAA